AUGGAGCAGAACUCUGGAGAGAUCAGAUCAGGAGAGGCCAUGAGCAUCUUUGGCCAGAGCAUCGACGUGAGGAGGCCGGGGAGGAGCAGGAGAACGAGAAGAGCCACCCACAAGAAAUUCUCACCUGCGAACGACUCACCGGCGAGACCCAGCCUGGAGAGGCUGAACCAGCGCAGGGCCGUCACGGAGCGAGAGCGCGGCCGCGCCGAGUUCGAGCUGUCGAGGGCAACUGGCAUGGCACAGGAACUGGAGCGGCAGAUCGAGCAGGCCAAUGCCACGGCGAGGUCUUCUCACAGGUCGGAGCUCCAAAGAACACAUGCCAGCGGCAGCGCUAGCAGCAGGAGGAAGAAGUCGGGGUUGGUGAUGGACGCCGAGGCACCGGGCGCCGAUCAGCCUCGGGAUCAUAGCAACACGCUGCUCGUCGAGGUGAUGCAGGAGCUGAACUGCGUCAAGAGGGAGCUCUGGGAGAUACAGCGCGAGCGAGAGGCCGGCGAGGAAAACAAGGAGGAGCGUGGCCGUGGCACAGCGAAGCUCGCCGUGGCCGGCGGAUUCCGCGAGGGCGUGCAGGCCAAGAGGGCGCUUGCCGACGUGCUGCGGAGAGACAGGAGCCUCGGAGCGAGAGACCCUGACGACAGGUUCGCCACAACGAGCAGUUUUGACGUGGGACUCGAGUCCGCGGACACGGCGGUGGUGCCCGCGACGGAGCAGACGGGCCACGCCGAGUCCGCACUGACGAUUGUGCAACACGGUGAGCACGAACACGACGACCGCUCAUCACCGCAGGCUGCGGAGUCUGAGCUGACCUCGGCGAGGGUAGAGCCGGAGUCCAUCAAGGAAGAGGGAGCCCGGUUCACCGGCUCCAUGGAACGCACGCGCAUGGAGACGGCGCGUGUCACCGAGGAAAUCGACCGGCUCGCCGAGCAGGAGGAGAGGGCCAGCGCGCAGGUGCAGCAGCUGAACGCCAGGCUUCUCAGGGCCAGGAGCCGGCUGGACGCCGCCACGGCCGCUGAUGAGAGGGUCGAGGCGGUGCUCGCCGAGCUGUCGGCCGCGCUGCGGCAGCUGGGCGAGGAGACCGAGGCAGUGGAGAAGGAGAGGGCGUUGACGGAGUUGGAGAACCAGUGCGUCAGAGAGGACGCGGACACCGUCAGCGCCGAGAUCGCGGCAGUUGAGCAGAGGGUCAGGGAGUCAGUCAAGGAGCUCGAGGCGGCGAGGGCGUCGGAGGCCGUGGCGACGGCGAAGCUCAGGGCCGCCGUCGAGUUCGCAACGCUGGCCAGGGUGGCGGUCAUGUCGCAGCAGACGUCCAGGAACGUGACGAUCUCCAGGUUCGAGUAUGAGUACCUGACCGGCCGCCCCGAGGUCGUCCGGAUCGUCGCCGAGAAGAAGGUGGCCGCGGCGGAGAUGUGGGCGGAGGCACUGCGCGCCGGCGAGAAGGAGAUAGCGAUGCGGAUCGAGAUGAUCGAGAAGGAGAUGGCACAAGCGAGGGCCUUGGAAGCGGAUGCCACGGACAGCCCGAGUGGAGAGGAGCCUCAACCGCGGGUUGGCGUGCAGCGCGCGCAGACGCGGAGGAGGCCGGCGCUGAGGGAGGGCGUGGGGUCGGAGACGUCGAAGACGACGGGGACACCGUCGUCGUCGGUGGUGGUGCGGAAGCAAAGGCCGCCGUCGUUCAGCAUCAAGAGCGGGAAGACGAGGACAGUGGUGUCCAAGUACCUGAAGGUCGUCACCGGGAAAUGUGGUGGAUGA